AUGCUUCAUUUUGAUUUCUAUGAACAAAGGCUCGGGCCAAAUGCUACAUUUCAGUUCUUCAAGGCAGCACAUGAAUCAGAUCCUUUAGCAACUUUGUUUAUGAAUGACUUCAAUGUUGUAGAAACAUGCAAUGAUGUAAAUUCCAGUGUUGACGCAUAUAUCUUAAAGAUAAGAGAACUUAGACAACAUGGUGUGUUUAUGGAUGGUAUUGGAUUGGAGGGUCAUUUCACGAUACCGAAUCCACCGCUUAUCAGAGCUAUCUUAGACAAAUUUGCAACACUGGAUCUUCCCAUUUGGCUUACUGAGAUUGAUAUAAGCAAGACAGUUGAUCAAGAAACUCAGGCAAUUUAUAUGGAACAAGUGUUGAGGGAAGGAUUCUCGCAUCCUUCGGUGAAUGGGAUAAUGCUAUGGACGGCACUUCAUCCAUAUGGAUGCUACCAAAUGUGUCUUACAGAUAAUGAUUUGAAGAACUUACCAUCAGGUGAUAUGGUGGACAAGCUUCUUCAAGAGUGGCAAACUGGUCGUGUAGAGGGAGUCACAGAAGAGCAUGGUUCACACAGCUUUUAUGGAUUCUUGGGAGAAUAUAGAGUUAGUGUUGAGUAUGGAAACAGGACCAUAGAUUCAACUUUCUCUUUAGGUAGUGGUGAUGAAACUAGACAUGUCACUGUUACAGUAAGUUAA